AUGGCGUACAAGAGCCUCACAACAGUCGCGCCCUUUUACGCGUUGAUGCCCCUGUUCAGCAUUUUGCACCAAGUUUACGUCAAGUGCUCGCCAUUGGAUGUCUCGCCCAACGCUAUCUUCACGCGAUCGUGGCUCGUGACGCCCGUGCUCUCGGGCCGCAAUCGCGAACCGGCUCGCCAAACACUGCCGGCGUUCAAAAACCGGCGGGAAUCGGAAAAUGAUAUUGCCGCGGAGUACCGUCCGGUUGCUACGAGCCAGGAGCAGGCCGAGUCGGGCGUCGGGACGUACCUUGGGUCGUACGUUUGCUUUGCCCACGAGGGCAAGUGGGCCUACCGUCUCGUUGUCGACUGCGUCUGGUCGACUUUGAAAGACUACAACCUUUUGGCCAAGACGUGUCGCGGCAAUUGCUACGUCCCGGUCGAUGAUGCUACCUUGUGCGUGCUGACAACGGCGGGCUACGCGCUGCGUCCGUUUGACGACCUUCCCGUCUCGUCGCAUUCCGUGGCCGAUGUCAAGACAGCGACAGAGUUGAUUGCACUCGACUUUGCGACUCGAGACCGCCAUGCGCCGCUCGACUUCUCACAGCUGGUGUUGCCUUGCACCCCAACGACUCCGCCCUCGGGCGACACGCUUCUUCCUUGCGUGUUUGACGUCUGGCUCGGCGAGAUGGCUGUGGACGGCGUACUCGACCAAGUGCACGCUUACUACACCCGAUACAAGUCGCACGACAAUGUGCUUUCAGGAAUAAAAUUCAGCCUCGACAACAUGCCGAUCAAGCUGCCCGCGAUGGCCCCUUUCGUACCAUUCUACGAUAUCACCGAUUUGGCCAAUGUCGACGUCCCUGACCUUUGCGCGAUCCAAGCUGGCGCCACUGUCGACACGAGCACUCUCCGCCGCCUCUUUGAUGGGUUUGGCGAUUGCCCCUCGGUCGUCUACGUGCGCAAAGAGAUGCGCAUGGUGUGGGAUCUCUUGCUGGCCAACUUUUUGCCCACGAAGGCUUUGACGAGCCUCGAGGCCGCCGCCCUGCACGCUGUUCAAAAUUACAUCAUCAAGCUCCACAGCCCCUGGCGCCUGCCAGACGCAGCGAGCAUGCGCAGUGCAGUGCUCGUGGGCUCACCAGGCGUCGGCAAGUCGGUGCUCCUCGUCCUCUUUUGCGCCUACCUUGCGGUCCACCGCGACUACUACGUAUUUCUCUCGCGCGCGCUUCCCGCAAACCGCUACUUGCACCAAGAGAUCCUUGCGGUCUUUGACGCGUUCAAGCGCGAGGCCAUCGCUCGAGGCAAGAAGCUUUUCGUUGUCGGCGACGGGUACAACCAAGACGACUUUGACACGGUGGCGCCAUUGACGAGCAUCUUUGGGCCCAGCGACCUGCUCUCGGUCGCUACGUACAAGAAGCGCGCCGCGCGAUUGGUUGUGACAGUGCCGGCGUGGACCAAGGAGGCCCUCGAGAAGAUGGCAUCCGAAAACGACCUCUGCCACCGGACGGUGGGCGAGUGCCACGCAGUGUCUGGCGGCGAUGUGCGCUCGUUUCCAGCACCCAAUGUCGUAUCCCCAAGUGCAACGCUCGAGGCGAUCGAAAGCCUUGUGGCACGUGGCAGCGCGCCAGCCAUGUCUGUGGAUGCGCUGCAGCACGUGUACAUUGUCGACACGGCUUUCUACGAGCACUACGUGGACCCGAUUUACCGGCGGACCAUAGUCGACACGACGUUUGUCCAGCAGUGCUUGGUCGCCGAGGCGUCGAUGCCGUUCUUUGCGUCCGUGGUGCAGUGGGCCGAACGAUCGGAGCACUGCGAACUCUGCACGUCGCUUCACGCUGCGUUUGUGCAUGCGCUGGCGCGCAAUCGCAAGCUCCAGCUUUGCAUCGAGCACAAGACGUCGGUGAAGCGCUUUGCGCUGGACGCCGAGUGGUUGAUCGUGGCGGCACCGAUCUCGGAGCCGGACGGUCUGGCGUAUCUCAGAGACGACUUGGGCGACAAGACGUACUGGUACCCUGGCCACGCAGUGUGCCCCGGCGUCGAUGCAAUCCUUGUCUACAACGGGUGGGUCUACUACCUCCAGACGACAACAACGAGUCGUCCGAUCCCGGCCUUGGAGUCGUUUGCACUGGCGAGCGUCCACGCAGCCAUCUCGUCCAGCAAAAAGCUGGCCACGUACACACACGCUGUUGUGCUGCUCUUGCAAUCGCCAGCCAAGUGGUCGGGUCGGCUUGAAGGCAAGGUCGCUGCGACCCUGGAAGCAAAAAUACCGGGGCGACGCGUCGCGAAUCGAGGACCGUCAACGCAGGCGUGUAACCUUCAUUAA